AUGAACAAUGAAAAGCAUUUAAUCGUCGACCAUCCCAGCAUCAAGCCCAAAAAGGUUCCAUUGGGUUCAGCUUCCGCUGCAGGUCGCGGUCUCAGGAUUUUGCUUUUUGGAGAGACUCAAUCAAUCAAGACACAACUCUGUAACUUUAUCAUUGAGAAAAAAAGUGGGAAGUUACCAACAUUUUAUCAAGCCAGGCCAGAUGAGCACGGUGUCUGGAAUGGGAAGUUAUUGACUGUAGUAAAAACCCCAGAACUUCAGGCUAAAAAAUUCCUCAAAGAGGAGCUGAAAAGCUGCGCAAACCUUUGUCCUCCUGGACCAAAUGUUCUGCUGCUCUUAGUGAAACCUUCAGACUUCACAGAGAAGCAACGGCGGACUCUGAAGGCCACCCUGAGUUUGUUUGGAGAAGAAGCCUUUAAGCACUCAAUGGUCAUCCUAACUAAUGAGGAGAAAGACUCAAGUUUUACUCUUAAUUCUCUAAUCAGAGAAUGUGAAGGCAGACAGUACAACCUGGCUGAAAAUAAUCACCAGAAAUUAAUGAUGAAGAUUGAAGACAUUGUGAACGGAAACAAAGGUGCCUUCCUUACCAUCACCGAGGAUGAUCAAGUCUUGAAAAGUGAACCAGCCCUGCCUUGUAUCAACCUGGUUCUGUGUGGGAGGAGUGGAGCAGGGAAGACCUCAGCAGCCAAGGCCAUCUUAGGUCAGACUGAGCUUCAUUCAGCCUCCAAGAUAUCAGAGAGCGUUAAAAACCAGGGAGAAGUCAGCGGACGUUUGGUUUCUGUGGUGGAGCUGCCUGCCUUGUACGGAAGAUCAGAGCGAGAAGUGAUGGAGGAAUCAUUCAGGUGUGUCUCCCUCUGUGAUCCUGAGGGGGUCCACGCCUUCAUCCUGGUCCUACCUGUGGGUCCCCUCACCGAUGAAGACAAGGGAGAGUUAAAGACCAUCCAGGACACAUUCAGCUUCCGGGUCAACAACAACACCGUGGUUCUGUUCACUGCAGAGUCGGAUCCUUCACAUCCAACUGUUGUUAAGUUUCUUACGGGAGAUCGGGACAUCCAGCUGCUCAUUCAGACAUGUAGAGGAAGAAACCUUGUUGUCAACAGAAGCAACAUGAAGCAGUCAUCUAUGAUAGAUUAUGUGGAGAGAAUGAGACAGCAAUGCUACACAACAAAAACCCUGGCAGAAACCUACAAGGAUAAAUUCAUACAACAACAGAACAUCAUCACUGGACUAAAAGCCCAGCUUUCAAACCAGACACCAGAGGAGGUCUUCAUUGAGCGUAGAGCCACAGUGGACAGGGAGGAAGAGAGGCAGAGCUCUGCGUGUCUCAGGAUUGUUUUGCUUGGAAAGACCGGCUGCGGAAAAAGCACAUCAGGAAACACCAUCCUAGGGGGAAACUACUUUGAAGCCAAGCCAUCCCAACAUUCAGUCACAAAGCGUUGCCAGAAAGCUCAGGGCAUAGUGGACGGUCGUCCUGUGGCUGUGGUCGACACCCCGGGCCUGUUCGACAACAGCUUGAACCAAGAAGAAGUUCAGGAAGAGAUGGUGAAAUGCAUUAGUCUUCUGGCUCCAGGACCACAUGUCUUCUUGUUGGUGAUGCAGAUUGGAAGACUUACGCCAGAGGAGAAAAAGACAUUAAAACUUAUAAAGGAAAGUUUUGGGAAGAAAUCCGAGAACUUCACUCUCGUCCUCUUCACUAACGGAGAUAAACUGGAAGGUCAUCAUAAAUCUAUUGAAGAGUUCAUUGAAAAAGAUUGUGAUGAAUCCUUUAAGAAGCUCAUUGCUGACUGUGGAGGAAGAUACCAUCUCUUUGAAAACUACAACAGUCAGAACCGCACACAAGUCACAGAGCUGAUCACAAAAAUCGAUGCCAUGGUGCAGGAAAACGGCAGCAGAUGCUUCACCAACGACAUGCUGCUGGAAGCUGAAGCAGCGAUCCGAAAAGAAAUGAAGAAAAUUCUGAAGGAAAAGGAAGAAGAGAUGAAGAAAAGGAUUGAGGAACUACUAAGAAGACAUAAUAAAGAAAAGGAAGAUAUGGAAAGGAACAUGACAGAGGUAAAAUCAAAAACUGAACAACAAAUUAAGGAGAAAGACAUAAAAAUCAAGGAAAUAGAGAAACGUCUGAAAAUGGCUGAAGAUGAGAAAGUGAAAGACCGAGCUAGGAGACAGGAAGAGGAAAGCAAACUGAAAUUUGAGAGAGAGGCGUGGGAGAAAAAACUGAAAAAAUCUAAAGCAGAAGUAGGUUUCCAGAGAAAAAAAUCUGUGCUGAUGAAACAUGAAACUUGGGACAAGGAGAUGCAAACGUUAAAGGAGAAACACAAACAAGAAGAUGUACAGAGGCAAGAGGAGGAGACAAGACUGAGAAGAGAGUAUGAGCAGCUGAAACAAGACUAUCAGAGACAGAAACAAGAAGAUCAUAUCAGAAAAGAGAAGGAGGCAAAGCACAAAGAAGACCUGGAGGAGAAGUAUAAGAAGGAAGUGGAAAGAUUAAGGGAAACAUAUGAGGAAGAAGCCAGAAAGAAAGCAGAGGAGUUUAAUGAAUUUAAGGAGAAAUACAAUCAAGAAUUUGCAGCUCAGAGACAGAAGUAUGAAACACAGCUGAAAGACAGAGAUGACAAAUAUGAUCUGCUAAAGGCCCUCAAAGAGCUCAAUGAAAAGCAAAGCAGAACAAAGCAUCACAAGCAAAUGGUCGACUUGGUGAAAUGUGUCACCAGAAAGAAAGAACAUCUGAAGACAAUAAAGGAAAUGCUGACAAGGCAUGAAGAGCAAAUGAAAAAGGUGAAGAAUCUGCAGGAAAGAGAAAACCUGCAGAACAUUCAUGAGCGAGAAAUAGACGAGUUGGUCCAGCAUCUUCUGGAUCAUGAAGAUCCAAAACGCACCUGCUCUAUUUCAUGA